ACGUCAUCGCCGAGCGACGCCGUCUCCAUGGCUGCGGCCGACACAGAGAUGUACCGGAAGGAGCCGAGCGUCCCGCUGCGGAGCAGCAGCGCCGCUCUGUACAACAACCUGAGCGUGCUGCGGGCGGGCGGCCGGCCGCUCACCUGCUUCGGGGCUGUGCACGGGCCCAGCCUCAGCCUGGUCACUGCCGACGGGCUCGGCUUCACCCACCGGCAGCUACCGGCCAAGGAGGCGGGCACGACCCUCAGCACCUCGCUCCUCACCCAGGCUGCAUGGUGUGUCCUGCCAUCACGGGUCCUGCUGGUGCUGACCUCUCAGAAAGGGAUCCAGAUGUACGAGUCUGAUGGCUCCAUCAUGGUUUAUUGGCACGCGCUGGACGUCGGAGAGCAUCCUCCAGCACAAGCAGUGUUUGCUCGAGGGAUCUCUGCAGCUGGAGGACACUUCAUCUGCGUGGGGACCUCCUCUGGGUCGGUGCUCGUGUUUGACAUCCCCCCAAAAGGGACAAACGUCACAGUGAGCGAGGUCCUGGAGGAGCACCGCGACGCCAUCACCGACAUCGCCUCGGAGCUGGGCCAGGCUCCGGCUGGAGCUGGCGAUGUGGUGACUGCUGAUGACGCUGGCACCCUCUGUGUCUGGAGCUCUGGGGAGGAGUUCACCUUGCUCAGCAAGAUCCUGGCCUUUGGCUGCUCCUGCUCCUCUGUGAAGCUGUGGCAGGGGAUCGUGGCUGCGGGCUACGGGAACGGGCAGAUCCGGCUGUACGAGGCAGCCAGCGGCGUCCUGCGCGCAGAGGUCAACGCUCACGCCCGCUGGAUCUACGCCCUGGACCUGGCACCACAGACAGGAAAGCUGCUGUCGGGUGCAGAGGACUCCUUUGUUCAUGUCUGGAAGCUCAGCAGGAACCCAGACACUGAUGAUGUCGAGAUCGAGCACUGCCACGCCGAGUGUGUGACCGACACCCAGGUGUGUGGUGCCCGCUUCUGUGACCCCGAGGGGCUCUCCUUCGCCGUCACCGGCUACGACCUGAGCGAGAUCUUCCGCUACGGCCGGGCGUAGGCUGCCGGCGGGCACGGCACAGGGACACCCAGCAGGCAACGGCGGCACCUGGGGCUGUCGGCACCGUGAGCAAGGAGGGGGUCCCGCACCCACCCCCCGGCUUCUGCUCCGUGGCGCCCGGGGUGGAAAUCUGCACGACAGCAGAGCUGAGCCAGGAUCUCCCUCGCUCCCACGCCACACCUGCCCUCUGUGUGCUGUGUCCACACGGGGAGCGUGGCCUUGGAGCCGCUCCACUGCUCGGGACCCCAGGAGAGCUGGGAAGGGCCCCUCCGGCCCUCCCCGGAGGGCAGGCGGUGUUGGCAGCAGGGCUGGGAGCAGAAGCAGCUCCUCUCUUCCCAGCCUGAUUCAGACGGGAGUGGGUCCAGGUCAAACCUGUGUUACACGCUGCUCCGGCCCGCAGAGCCUCGGGAGCCGGUCCCAGCCGGGGCGGUGCCGGCGUCUCCUGGGUGCAGCACCCGUGGGAGCACCCAGCCCCAAGGCGACACUUACCUGGGAGGAGGAGGAAGAGAGGAGCCUCUUCUCCUCCUCAGGGAGCUGUGGGGACAUGUGGGUUCCCAUGCUGGGACUUUCCAAGCCCAGGGCUGCCGGCCAGAUGUGCGAGGCCACAGCUGCGCUCAGGGCUGGAAAAGGCAGAGGCAGCUGCCAGGAGCUUUCCAGGAGCACCCCCGUGGCUCCCUGCCAUGUCCUGUCCCCUCACCCCAUCCCCCUGUUCUUGCCCUGUGUUCCUCCUAAGCUGGCUUUGACCCAGACCUGGAAUUGGGGACUGGGGGGCAGUCACUGCACCCAGACACCCCCCAGGCUCUGCCCCAGCCCCUUCCCUGGGGGAUUGCCCUGCCCAGCCCUCCUGUCCCUGCUGAUGGGACACCAGAGACGAGCUUGGCCUGCAGCUCCACUCCCAGGGCCCUACAGGGAUGGGGAGGGACAAUGACACAGGGGGCCCCCUAACCCGGUGCUGUGGGUUGAACUCAGCCUACUUCAGGCCCUGGGAUGGGGGUAGAGCUCCCAGCCCCUCCUGCUAUGCUGCAGUGAGAGCUGUGGCCAGGGAUCUGACCUGCCCCGAUGCUGCCCGACCCCAAACUAUGGGGACACAGACCCCUCCCCAUGCACCCCAGAUAUCCCCCCAACCCUGUGUGCCCCAGUCAUGUCCCUGCCCCAAACACCCCCAUCUAUCAGCUA